AUGAAUGAAGACAUCACACCUGAUGUGGACCCGUUAAGUACGUAUUUAAGCUAUCCUCUAACCAACUACUCCGCACCUCUUGAAUACCAGAACUCUGUAAAACAGGAAAACUAUGGAUUCACCCUUUAUGAUAACACUCUCACUCAACAAGCACCUGUUGAUAAUGAUAACGUAAAUAACAGAAUAUCUGACGAUAAAAUAGAUAUAUCAAAUAGUAAUAAUGAACAAAACACAAAUACAACACCGUUAGUCGAUUUCAAACCAUGUUUACCGAGGCGGAGAAAAAUUAAGAAAGAAAAGAGUUCAUACUUCUCCGAGAAGAUCAUGGAUAAAAACUUCCCGUUCUAUGGCUGUGCUGUUUGUAAUAUAAAUUUUAAGACGCUCCAAGAAUUAGAUUCACAUGUGCCUAUACAUAAAGACAGGAUAACGAGCUACGAUCUGAGAAUAAAGAAUCAGAUUAAAAAAAAGAAGCUACAGAAAGAAAUGAGGAAGAAUAAGAAAGCGAAGAAGAAUAUUAAGAAGGAGUUCUCCAUAGACGUUGAUAUCAAACCCGAGGAUGGGUACAUCGGUGAUAAGAAAGCAUCGGAAUUCACAACGGAAUCGGACAACCAGAGCUCGAAAGAAAACAACAUUAAUAUGGAAAGUAAUGAACAAAACCAGCAUAACGGACCCACGAAGUUGAACACAUCGGACAAAAAUGACGAGGAUAUCGCAAAGAGACAGGAGAGAAUGAAUUUACAGAAGAUAUAUAAAUGCUUUGCAUGCCAGAAGCAGUUCAUGCUGAGUUACUACUUGAAGCUGCAUGUACGAUCGCAUACAGAUGAGAAGCCCUAUUCCUGCAGUCAGUGUGGCCAAGCCUUCAUCACGGCGAGCAAACUCGGGAGGCACAACAAGAGGUAUCACCUCGCAGUCAGACAUCAAUGCAGGAUAUGCUAUAGGUUUUUCUCCAGAUUCGAAUUCCUAACUCGUCAUUUCGAUAAAAAGCAUCCGGACGAUAAAUUGGAGGGAGAACCGUAUGACUACAACGCCAUCUUGCCGUAUCUGAAAGAAUUAGAAGCAGAAUUAAAAGAGAAGACGGAAUCAAAGAAAGAAGACAACACAGAAGAAUCAUGGUCCGAGCUCGUAGAAGACAAUAAGGAUUAUAUCAUUAAAGAAGAAUUACAAAUUGAAGAGGUAAAAGUCGAUAUGGAUGUCGAAAUAAAGUUUGAAACCGAAUUAGAGGAAGCCGAGGAAAAGGAGGGAGUAAAGGAGGAACUUCCGGGGGAGGAAGACUUGAAGGAGGAGGAGGAAGGGGGAAGGAGUCCGGGUGGAGGGGCGCAGGACGAUAAUUCCGACUCCGACUAUUUCCCACCAUCAACUUGGGCGGCGCCCCCGGCCUUCGCCCCCGGGCUCAGCUGCCACGUGUGCAACAAGACUUUCAGCACGCGGAGCUACAUGCGAGUACACAUGCGGACACACACCGGCGAGAGGCCUUACAAGUGUUACGUGUGUGGCGCGGGCUUUAUAACGAGCAGCAAGAUGAACAGGCACGUGCUGACACACCCGGGGACAUGGGACGAAGACGGAGUUAAACAAGAGAAUAAAGAAGGAAUGAAGACAGAAGAAGAAGAUGACGUUAAUGAUAAGACGAAAGUGAAAAUGAAAGCUGUUCUUGCGAAGUUCUCUAAGAAACAGAAAAAUGGGGAGAAGAAGAGAAGCUCGCAGAAGAGACCGCACGCCUGCGAGUACUGUCAGAAGAGAUUCUUACAUUUAGAGACUUUGCAGGUACACAAGAAGUCCCAUUCCGGUGAAACUCUUCGUCACGAGUGUCACUAUUGUCUGACUGAGUUGGAAGAUGCCGCCGCGCUUAGGGUACACGAACAGGGACACGAAGGUACACAAGGGACGGAAGGGACACCCGCCAGGCCGUACCUGUGUACUAUAUGUGGAAAUACUUAUCAAAAGAGAGAGAGUAUGAUAUAUCACCGUAAGUCCCACACUUCCCCCAAGUCGUUCCAGUGCACUCUCUGCCCCGCGCGUUUCUCCGCGGCCUGUAAACUCUCCCGACACUCUCUGUCUCACCGCGCGGCGCGCUACACUCUCCGCUACGAGUGUCCGGUGUGCGCGAACAUGUUCAACACGAAAUAUCACAUACAGAUGCAUCUUACUACUCACCAGAAGGAAGGGCUCAUACAAGAGGAAAAUAGAAACGAAAUACUAGCUAUGGUAUUGCAGAACGCACGAAAGAUACCGAAAACUCCAGAACUAGCUGCAAACGACGCGAUUCAACCAGACGAGCGGAGCCGCGUGUGUAACAUAUGCGGGGAAGUGUUCCAGCACUUCUACUUCCUAGAAGAACAUCUAAAAAGCCACGGCUCAAAGAUAACCAUUGAUGAUGCAGAGGAAACUAAAAAACAUAUAUGUUCAAUAUGCAACAAAGGCUUCAAAUUACAUUACUAUUUAAAACUACAUAGCUUCACUCACACUAAAGAAAAGCCGUUCAUAUGUCAGCAAUGUGGAAAAGGAUUUAUCACACGAGGAAAACUUAAAAGACAUCUUGAAACUCACACCGGCUUGAAGAAAUAUCAGUGUCAUAUAUGUUAUAAAUUCUUUACUCGACCAAGUUACUUGAGAAUUCAUGUGCGGACCAUACAUGGGACUCAAGAUUAUAAUUUCAGAUUGGAAAAGCAAUACGGACUCACAUCUCUUCCAGUUACCGAGCAGAUUUGA